GUUUGUCGCACUGAUAACGAAAGCAAUGAACUGUCAAGCUUUGUUGUGGUUAGCUUCGGAAGAGUAGAAAAUUUUCGCGUAAUUUUAGUUUUCGUAUUAGUUUUGAACGUUUUUUUUUAAGAGCAAUGGACCCCGAACCGAGUGCCUCCAAACCGGACGGAGAUCCUCCGGAGUUCGUUUGCACGGAGCGUAUCAAAUUCCGCAAGUUGCGCUCGCAAAACAUCGUCCAUCGGCUGCGCUUUCGGGAGAUGGGCCUCGGAGUGAAGACACCUCAGCACUCGGUCCGCGAAUUCUACCAGAACGUCUAUCCCAACCUGACGGUGGUCAAUGUGGAGAAGCCGCCUUGCUAUUUGAGGAAGUUCAGCCCCGAUGGGCGGUAUUUGAUUGCGUUCUCGUCGGAUCAGGCUUCGCUGGAAAUCUAUCAGUACCAGGGCUGUGCUGCCGCUGCAAAUCUGUUCCAGGACUGGGAAACUCCGGAAGUGAUACUGAAUGAUGGAACGGGGGGUCGAAGCUAUGACAUUCGCAGUCAAAUUUUCGAUAAGUUAUUUAAGCUUAAGCACACAGUUAACAUGGAAAGCCAUCAGAACCAACUGAAUCGGGAAUGCAGCUUAUUCACCAACGAUGGGAAAUUCGUGAUUAUUGGAGCGGCUUCCUUUAUUCCGGAAGAUAAUCACCCCCGAUUCUACGAGCUGUACACCAACAACGAGGCGAUAAAACCCACUGCCAGCUGCCCUUUGGAAGACUACACGCUGUACAUUAUUGAUUUACACAACGGAAAGAUUUCCGACUCGAAAGAUUUCAACGUGGACAAAAUCGUGCUGUCCCACAAUCAGGGCGUUUACCUGUACAACGAUACGUUGGCCAUUCUAUCGAUUCAACACCAGACGAUACACAUUUUCUCGAUUGCUGAAGGAACGUUUAUUCUCGAACGCACGAUUGGGCGGUUCUGCUGUCCGGAUGAAGGUUUGCUUUACAGUAUGGGAACUUCUGGAGGAAGGACGACAGGAAGUAAUUCAAACUUGCGAGCGUUCCGUGAGCCCACAAUUAACAGCCUGAAACACCGGAUGUUGGUGUUUCUUUUUAAGCAAGCGAAAACUUUGCAAACCAGCGGUGCGGAUAGGUUUGCGCUGAGGAAAUUCUACCGGCGAUUUGACGAGUAUCGAAACCUCCGAAUGUGGAAGAUGCAACUGCUAGAUGACGAUCAUCUGCUGAUAAAAUACUCCAGUGAAGAUGUAGUUACGUUGAAGAUUCAAGAACCAAACAUUCACAACAGCUUGUUUGUGAUUUACAACAUCUGGAAGAACACCAUCAUCGGCAUCUAUGGCAAUCAGUCUUUGGAGCUUUUAUAUCUCUACGAAAACUUCUGUGACAGUUUCAGGAAUGCCAACCUGGCCCAUCAAACGCAAUUCACUUGCUCGCCGGCCAACAACAUCUACAGUAAUCUGAUCCAUCAACGCUUUAAGCAAACGAUAAUCGGAGCACGUGGCGGCGGAGUACAAGAGGCCACCAAACGGAUCCUAGCGGCUUUGCCAAUCAGCGCCCAAAGCUACAGUAGUUCCCCCUAUCUGGACCUCAGUCUGUUCAGCUACGACGACAAAUGGGUAUCGGCAAUGGAGCGGCCAAAGGCGUGUGCCGAGUUCCCUAUUCGAUUCUUCGCGCGCGAUUCCGGCCUACUCAAGUUUCGGAUCUACGCCGGAGUGCAAAACCAGCAGCCCAGUUCGGGCUCGAGGCGACUGGUGGCGUUCACGUUUCAUCCGACGGAACCGUUUGCCAUCAGCGUCCAGCGGAUCAAUACGGACUACAUUGCCAACUUUCACAUACGGCACCCUGGGGCACGGAUGAUGCGGUGAUAAGAGGCGAGAAUGUCUCUGGAGGGAGAUGUUUGACGACUGAUUAUAGUUUUCUGGGGAGGGGACGCGAAGAGCUACUUAAUGCCUAUUUUUUUUUUAAUGAGACGAGAGUGUACAUAAAGUUGCAUAUUCGAUAUAUUA